AUGGGCGUGUUUGACCGCGGAGUUCAGAUGCUGCUGACCACGGUAGGGGCCUUCGCCGCCUUCAGUCUUAUGACCAUCGCCGUGGGGACAGACUACUGGCUGUACUCACGCGGCGUCUGCAAGAUCAAGAGCACCAACGAGAAUGAGACCAGCAAGAAGAACGAGGAGGUGAUGACGCACUCGGGCCUCUGGAGGACCUGCUGCCUGGAAGGAUCUUUUAAAGGCAUGUGUAAGCAGAUAGAUCACUUCCCAGAGGAUGCUGACUAUGAGGCGGAUGCUUCCGAGUACUUCCUACGUGCUGUACGAGCCUCCAGUAUCUUCCCUAUCCUGAGUGUGAUCCUGCUCUUCAUGGGGGGGCUGUGCAUCGCCGCCAGCGAGUUCUACAAGUCACGCCACAACAUCAUCCUCAGCGCCGGCAUUCUCUUCGUCUCCGCAGGCCUGAGCAACAUCAUAGGAAUCAUUGUGUACAUAUCAGCCAAUGCUGGGGACCCUUCCAAGAGUGACUCCAAGAAGAACAGCUACUCCUACGGCUGGUCCUUCUACUUUGGCGCCCUCUCCUUCAUCAUGGCCGAAAUGGUGGGCGUGCUGGCCGUGCACAUGUUCAUCGACCGCCAUCGGGAGCUGCGCGUGGGGGCGCGAGCUGCCGACUACCUCCAAGGUGCGGCCAUCACGCGCAUCCCCAGCUACCGCUACCGCUAUCGACGCCGCUCACGCUCUUCGUCACGCUCUACAGAUCCCUCACACUCCCGGGAGGCAUCACCGGUGGGCCUGAAGGCCUUUGGGGCACUGCCCUCCACCGAGCUAUCCAUGUACACGCUACCCAAGGGCCAAACGGGCACCCCGACAGCCACCUAUAACUCCACGGAGAGGGACCACAACUUCCUGCAGGUCCACAACUGCAUCCAGAAGGACAUGAAAGACUCAGGCGGCCACAGCAACACCGCCAACCGACGCACCACACCUGUAUGAAACUGAUAGAGGGUUCUCAGACACAAAAAAAUCAGAGGGAAUUUGGGGGGAAGGCAAAAGACAGAUCAUGGUGUAAGGAGAUGGAAAGAGGCUUAAAUGGAUAGAUGGAGUGAGGGGUAAGUGACAGAAGGGAACUUCUGAGCGCUCCACAGCA